CCCUGUCAACGAGACUUCGUUUCAGAUCGCCGGAUAGCCCGCAUUCGGUCCGGGAAAGCUGCAAUGCAAAGUAGCCGAAUCCAAGUGCCGUUGAAUUACGAUUCGUGCCGGAAGGUGGACAGGUGGACAGUUUGAAGACAAGUGGUAGACUAGCUAUCCCCCGCAUUCCGGAUUAUGGGGAACUAUAUGACACGGGAUUAGUCAAACGCUGACUAUUCGCCCAACCACCAAAAUUCGUUCACUCGAUUCCGUUACGAGAGUAAGGGUUACAAGACCACAAGAAAACAAGAAACACCCCCGGCAUAACUAAGAUUUGAAAGUUGCCAUUCAAGAUGCCAAUCCCCGUAUUAUCCCUCCCGCCCGAUGCGAGGACAAACUAUGUCAUCUCCCAACUAGAAGGGGAGAAACUCACCAUCCCGGGCAGCAAAGGCACAUUCCGGAUCCUUGCCUCAGCCAAACAAACAAACGGCGCCAUGUCUAUCUUUCAAAGCGGAGCCGUGCUCUCGGACGCCCCGGGCUUCCACUUCCACAACUACGCUCAUGACGUCUUCAUGGUGACCAAGGGGUUCCUGAAGCUGUACAACGGUCCCAAGUGCCGGAUCAUGGGGCCGGGGGAUUUCGCAUACAUACCUCCAGCAAUCAUCCACAACCCAGAACUCCUUGGCCCUCAUACCGAAACGGUCGGCCUCGUCACCCCCGGCAACUGGAUCGACUUCUUCCGGUACGUAGGCGAAACCUACCACGGCCUCAUCGUGCCAGAACACGACAACCGUGAUCUGAAGGGGCACAUCGUGUCCAAAAUGAUACCCGCGAUGCAGGCCAAGAAGGACUUCGACGUCAAUUUCGUGCGGGACCCCAAUUUCAAGCCGCCGGCGGUCUCCGACUGGGAGGGAACGGAGAACGUCCUGCCUGGAGAGCUGGAGCCGUAUUUCCUGCGCGCCAACACGGGACCCCGCUGGAUGGCCGGGGGUAUCAUGUCGAGGCCGUUCAUCACGACGAAGCAGAGCGGAGGCAAGUUUGCGAUUUCGAGUAUCGAGUCUUCGGGGGAUUAUGGGGCAUCGGGGCUGUUUGAGAAGUAUGUUGCUUUCCCAUCCGUAGACCACUGUUUUGUGGUUUUCGAGGGGGCGUUAAAGGUGAACCUGAAGGGCGAGGAGGCGUGGACUACCGUGCGGGAGGGAGAGACGCUCGUCAUUGCUGCUGGGCAGGCAUUCAAGCUCGGGUUUGGGAGCAAGUAUGUAAGGGCGUGGUCUUUUACCGGCGGUAAGGGGAUCGAGGCACUGGUUGAGGCGGCGGGCGACCCUUAUGAGGCGUUUGUGCUACCUGAUAGGGCGGACGUGUUGGGUGCGGAUAAGGUCAGAGUUGCGUGUGGUGAGAUUGGUGCUGAGCUAGAAUGAGAUUCUGGGUUUUUUGGUAGUUACAAAAUGAGAAGAAAUCAGAAUCCAUACCCACGAUUGAUGCAACGAUAAGAAGUUUACUUUCAAGGGUAGGUAUUUGAAUAUGUGAAAUCCCAAUUGGUUGAAUGGGAUCAUGUAAGUUGCACAAAGCUGGCCUUUGAGUCUGAAAGUCUCAUGGAAG